UUCCGGGAAUUUAAGGAACACACUUGUUCUGUUGUCUGACACAACUCACUACGUAUACAAGUCGCCUAGCUAUGGCGCAAGACGUUUCCAGAAAAAAUGUAGAUCUUGAGGUGGGAGGAGGUGCUGAAGACGUUAACAGUCCUCCGCCAGAUACUUCGAAGAGAACAGAUGAGAAUGAUAGUGAACAAGAGAGCAUUCUUGCCUACAAACUUCUCCAGGCCCUCGCGAAAAACGAUGCUUCCGAAGUGCGGAAGCUUCUGGAAGAGGACCAUUAUACGGUCAGGAAGAAAUAUGGAAAGUUCCGAGAUGACUGUGAGGAACUCAAGAAGAAAGCGGAAAAGAGGGAAGAGAGAGGAUUUCACUACGAUUUCAGGUGUAGUUGUGGUUCGAACUCUUCGAAACAGUCCAGCGACGAGCAGAACCUUAACUGGAUAAAAAUUCUUUCCAAUCCUAUGUUCAUUGCUUUGGAAUGGCAAUGGAGAACAAACUCUGACUCUGAGUGUCAGUGUCAGGAGGAUGUCAUAGAUAGUUCCCUACUUGAUGCAUAUCUACUAAGUGAAAUGUCGUCUUUCAAGCGUUACGAUAGCCGAGAUGUUUACAAAAAAUCCGCAGAGGGUUACGAAACGUUUGCUACUGACGUGCUAGAAGAGGCCUCCCAGAGCGAACUUUACAAGAUCAUGGAUGUAAAGGGAGAAGGUUGCCUACUGGAAGAAAACCCUCCUAAACACAGGAAUUAUAUUGAAAGUCUGAGCUUCCUCAAGAGUGCAGUAAAUAAAACAAGGAAGAAGGCUGUCCGGACAGAAGUGUUUGGCCUUGUCUUCUCUUUAAGAAGAGAAAACCAAGAUUAAAAUAAAACCGCUUAAAUCAAGUCAA